AUGGAUGAGGUUGUUGUUUACUCAAGCCACAUGCCGAUCUUGGUUAAUGGUAGCCCAACUAAAAAAUCCAACUUGGAAAUAGUUUUGAGACAAGGCGACCCACUAUUGCCUUUUCUCUUCGUUUUGGUAGUUGAAGGUUUGUCCGGCUUGGUCAGGAGAUCGGUGGAGUUAGGAGACUUUUUUGGUUUCAACAUUAACGGGAAGUGCUUGGUUGAUAUUCUUCGAUUCGCAGACGACAAAUUAUUGAUUGGAGAAGGGAGUUGGAAUCAUGUUUGGGCUCUUAAAACAGUCCUAAGAGGGUUUGAAGUGGUCUCUAGGUUGAGGGUUAAUUACCAUAAGAGCAAGCUGGUUGGAAUUAACCUUAGUCCUCACUUUCUUAAUGACGCGGCUAAUUUUCUUUCUUGCAAGAUUGAAGACAAAGUUUUCUCCUUUUUAGGAAUUACUAUUGGUUCGAAUCCUAAGAGAAUUUCUUCUUGGCAGCCUCUUAUCCACAAGCUGAAGACCCGGUUAUCGAGUUGGCAAGGAAGAAUGCUCAAUUUUGGCGGAAGAAUCACACUUCUAAAAUAUGGAGGGACAACUGACAAGAGAAGAAUUCAUUGGGUUAGUUGGGAGCAAGUCUCUAAACCGUUCGAUAAAGGCAGAUUAGGGAUGAACGACAUCGAAGUCUUUAAUAAUGCUUUGUUAUCGAAAUUGGAAUGGAAAAUCUUAGAAGGGAAGGAUUGUUUGUGGAUGGAAAUUCUUAGGGCGCGUUACAAAAAUCUACAGUAUCGUAUGUUGGCUGAGGAAGGUAUGUCGCAUAAAGGGUCUAAAUCUUCUUGGUGA